AUGCCAGCGACAGCUGAGGCAGCUGAUGCUGCGACGCAAGCUACUGAUGCAUUUAGUACUAAGCUAGAGGAGAACAAGCUUCCUGAGGGUCAAGAGCGUGGUCCAGAGGAGGAGGAAGACGAUGACGACGAUGAAACGCCAGCCCCGGGUGAUGCUGAGAAAAAAAAGAAGAAGAAAAAGAAGAGCGGUGCAAAGAAGAAGAAGAGUAAGACUGCUAAAGCUGUAAUGGAACAGACGGAGCCUCCGUCGAUUGGGCUUACGAAGAUGUUCCCCAACGGUGUGUUUCCUGUGGGUGAAGUGCAGCAGUACGACGAGACCAAGUUCGAUGAAUCGCGCAAACGCGUAACCGGCGAAGAGCUUCGUGAGCGUGAGCGACUCAUACAGGAGAAAGACGGAUUUAACUACAACUUUAUUCGCCGUGCUGCUGAAGUACACCGUCAAGUCAGACAGUAUGCCCAGCGCACGAUUAAACCCGGCAUGUCUAUGACGGAGAUUGCCAAUAUGAUCGAGGAUGGCACGCGUGCAUUGGUGGAAGUGAAUGGCUUCGAAAGCGGCAUCGGAUUCCCCACUGGAUUGAGUCUCAACGAAGUUGCUGCCCAUUACACACCAAAUGCUGGCGACAAGCGGAUCCUUCAGAGUGGUGACGUGCUGAAGGUCGAUUUUGGUGUUCAAGUCAAGGGUCGCAUUGUUGACAGUGCAUUCACCAUGAACUUUGAGCCUACCUACGACCCACUGUUGGCUGCUGUGAGGGCUGCGACAAAUACUGGUGUGAAAGAAGCUGGUAUUGAUGCACGCCUUGGCGAAGUUGGCGCAGCCAUUCAGGAGGUGAUGGAGAGUCAUGAGUUUGAGGCUGAGGGAAAGACACACCAGGUGAAGUGCAUUCGGAACCUUCAGGGUCACGACAUUGCUCCCUACCGCAUUCAUGGUGGAAAGUCAGUGCCGAUUGUAGCCGUCCCGAAUCUAGAUGUCAAGAUGGAAGAGGGCGAGACUUUUGCCAUCGAGACAUUCGGUUCGACCGGUCGUGGCUACGUUGUUGACUCGGGCGAAUGCUCGCACUACGCACGCCAAGCGAACCCACCGCAUGUAUCUUUGCGUAUCAACAGUGCUCGUCAGCUCCUUUACACCAUUAACAAGAACUUUGGUUCCUUGCCAUUCUGCCGGCGGUACCUCGAUCGUCUCGGUGAGCAGAACUACUUGCUGGGACUGCGCCACCUUGUAUCGCAAGGUGUGGUUCAAGAUUACCCACCUCUGGCCGACGUGCCCGGCUGUAUGACAGCCCAGUUUGAACACACGAUUUUGUUGCGUCCAACGUGCAAAGAAGUGGUGUCACGUGGUGAUGACUAUUAA